ACCCCCCUCCUCCUCCUCUUCCUCCUCCACCUCCACCCACAGGGGCAGGGGCUUGGAAGAUAGGAGUUACAGCAUCGAGAGGUCCUCUCAGCAACCUCCUCCCCUGACCCAUGCGAAAGGGACUACGGCGGACGAACGCAGCUUUGCCACGGUGGAGCACUCUUCUUCUUCUUCCUACUACGGCAGCGAGCGUCCUCCGCCGCUCUGUGAGGGAGCAGAGAGAGAUAGGCCCCCCGCCCAUAACAACGGCAACAGACAAGUCUCCAAUGGCAAUAGGGGCGUUUCCAAUGGGAACCGAGCAGUGGCAGCGGUGGGUAACAGCGAGAGGCAGGUGUCCAAUGCAAUGUUUUUGAAUGGAGGCGGGCGGCGUGAUGGGCGGGACCAGAGGGAUGGGCGUGACCAGAGGGAUGGGCGUGAUAGGGGGCGAGAAGUGCCGAGAGGGGCGGUGAGUUUGGACAUUUGCGGGAACAACGAGGUUUCGCUGAACAAUGAUAGAAACAGUAGCCAACAGCUGGCUCAGUACAAGGAGGCGGGCGCCAGCGCAGCCAAGUUGGAUAACUAUAACAACCCCCCCAACAUCCUCCCCAUCUCUGGGAAGCUGGAGAAGGUUCAGAGCAACGAUGGAUUGAUCCGCCCCUCUGCCUUCAAGCCUGUAGUGCCCAAGAGCUUCCACUCCAUGCAGAAUCUGGUGUGCCCCCCCCAGACCGGAGGAGGGGGCCGCAGCACCGGAGGAGGGGCUGGAGGUGGUGGGGAUCCCAGUGUACCAGGACCCCUCAGAGACACAGACAGUCCUGGCAGCCAGGGUGGAGGUACUAGAGGCGGGGGAGGGGGCGGCAGCAGGGGCAGAGGCCAGGGGAGCCUGUCUGACUCUGGGAGGAACUCUCUAACCAGCCUGCCCACCUAUGCUGGCUCCAGCUCGGGCUAUGGGCCCCCGCCUGUCCUAGGGCCCCUGAGCGCCUCCACCAGCCACAUCAACCGCCUGGGGACCACGGGGGCCCUGGAGAAGUUGGACAAGCCUGGUGGUGUUAGUGGUGGCGGUGGUAAUAGUGGAUACCAGAACGGACUGAGUGCCUCGGAUAGUGGUCGUUCCUCCUCUGGGAAGAGCUCCUCGUCCUAUCAGAGGCUCAGCCACCUGAGUGACGCCCCCCCGCCCCUCCGCCCUUCGCCCUCCUCUGAUGACGUCAUCCAGGACCUGGAGGAUCGGCUAUGGGAGAGAGAGCAAGAGGUGCUCCACAUGCGCCGUAACCUGGACCAGAGUGAGGCGGCCAUCGUACAGGUGUUUGAGGAGAAGCAGCGCGUGUGGGAGCGCCAGAUGGACGAGCUGCGGCAGAACUACGCCUCACGCCUGCAGCAGGUGACGCGUCGAGCCCAGCGCUCCCAGAGUGCCUUGCAGGCCCAGAUCAGCCGUCUGUCGCAGGACAAGCGGCGUCUGCAUGAAGAAAUGGCUGCGCUAUUGGCCCAGAGAGAGGAGCUGGAGAGGAAGUGCCUGGACUACAGGAAGGAGCAGGCUGACAUCCUGCCACGCCUGGAGGAGACCAAAUGGGAGGUGUGUCAGAAGGCAGGGGAGAUCUCCCUGCUGAAGCAGCAGCUGAGGGAGAGCCAGGCGGAGGUGACCCAGCGGGCGGGGGAGGUGGUGGCCCUGCGGGGCCAGCUGAAGGAGGCCAACGCCCAGCUGAGGGACUGGGAAGAGGCCAUGUUGGGCCUCAAGGACUCCUAUAGCACCAAGAGCCUGGAGCUGGAGCGCUGCGAGGGGGAGCUGCAGAAGACUCUGACCGAGGUCUCUCUGCUGAGGGACAAGCUGGGAAUGUUUGAGGCUGAGGUGGUGGGGCUGAAGCGGGCCCUGGGUGAACUCAGUGUGAGGGAUAGGGCUGUCGAGGCUAGUGGUGGAGGGAGCAGGGAAGCAUCCAGGACCAGAGGGGGGCUUCCCUCCCCACACAGCCCACCUGAGGGCUCUGCCUUCUCCUACCCAGCCCUGCCUCCACCCCCCGUACCCCCCCCAGAUGCCAUACUGAGUUUGCAGAGCGAUGAGGCUAAAUUUCAGUGCCAGGAGGCCAACCAGCGCCAGGAGGCUCACGUGCAUCAGGAAGCCCACCAGCGUCAGGAGGCUCACUUGCGUCAGGAAGCUCAUCAGCGUCAAGAGGCUCAACUGCGCCAGGAAAUCCACCAGCAGCGCCAGGAGGCCCAACAGCAGCGCCAGGAGGCCCACCAGCAGUGGGAGGAGGCAGGGGACCUGCGCCGGCAGCUGGAGCGCCUCCAAGGCGAGCUGCGUCUGGAGCGACAGCAGCGUGAGCGACAGGCACUCACCUUCAAGAAGGAGCGCCAUGUGUGGAUGGACGAGAAGGAGCAUGUGCUCAAGUACCAGGCCCAGCUGCAGCUCAGCUACGUGGAGACCCUGCAGAAGAACCAGGCCCUGGAGCUCCGCGUGGGCCAGCUGGGCUCCAAGCUCACCUCCACCAACACCACCCCCUCGCCCACCUCGCCACCCCCACUGUCCCCCAUCCCCCUGCCUGCCCCUGUCACCCCCCUACCCUCCCUCUCUCUCUCCCCACCUCCCCUUGCCGAGGACAAGAAACUCCCCCCCGCCCUCCACCAGCUGGCCCCUCCCUGGCCGGUACCCACCCGUCUGGAGAGGAUAGAAUCCACAGAGAUCUAG